AUGUACACAGUGCAGGUAGGGAGAGAGUACACAGGUGCAGACGGGGGAGAGAGUACACAGGUGCAGACGGAGGAGAGCGGGGUCAGUGGGGAUGAGAGUACAAGGUCGGAGCGAGUACACAGGAUCCAGACGGCAGGAGAGAGAGUACACAGGUGCAGACGGAGGAGAGAGGUGUCAGGAGGAGAGAGUCCACAGGUGCAGACGGAGGAGAGCGGGGUCAGGGAGAGAUCGUCCCCUCAGGUGCAGACGGAGGAGAGAGUAACAGGUAGCGCGGGGGAGCGAAGGGGAGAGAGUACACAGGUGCAGACGGCGGAGGAGUACACAGGUGCAGACGGAGGAGAGCGGGGUCAGGGGGAGCGCAGUACACAGGUGCAGACGGGAGAGAGCGGGGUCAGGGGGAGAGAGUACACAGGUGCAGACGGAGGAGAGCGGGGGUCAGGGGGAGAUGAGUACAACAGGUGCAGACGGGGGAGAGCGGGGUCACAGGGGGAGAGAGUACACAGGUGCAGACAGGGGAGAGCGGGGUCAGGGGGGAGGAGUACACAGGUGCAGACGGGUGAGAGCGGGGUCAGGGGGAGAGAGUACACAGGUGCAGUCGGAGGAGAGAGUACCACAGGUGCACCCCGGAGGAGCGAGGUGUCAGGAGGAGAGAGUCACAGGUGCGAGGAGGAAGCGGGGUCAGGGAGAGAUAGUCCACAGGUGCGGACGGAGGAGAGAGUACACAGGUGCAGACGGGGGAGCGAGUACACAGGUGCAGACGGGGGAGAGAGUACACAGGUGCAGACGGGGGUGAGAGAGUACACAGGUGCAGACGGGGGAGAGUCAACACAGGUGCAGACGGAGGAGAGAGUACACAGGUGCAGACGGAGGAGAGAGUACACAGGUGCAGACGGAGGAGAGAGUACCCAGGUGCAGACGGGGAGAGCCGCCGCUGGACUACGAGCGACGAUGCCCGUUCACACGUUCACGGUGGAGGUGCGCGAGGAGUGGCGGUGCGCCACGCCGGAGAACAGCCGCCCGCGCGCCAUCACCCACGGCAACGGUGAGGGCGUGCAGCAGUUUGAAGCAGACGACAGCGAUUACGAGUCGAUCAGCGACACGUUUGAAGACCUCACAUCACUUCUGAAGAGCAGGUCCAGCCACUUCAGCCAAAACAUCCACAAAGAGGACUCCAGACAACCUCUGAGGAGAAACCAGGAGCCUUGGACCGGUCUCCUGUCUGACAGCCGAAAACCAGACAAAGCAAAGUCCAAAGCCGACUUCUCGCUGACGUCGUCCCCUGAACGUUACUCUCCACAGAAAAGUGCGUGUGUCCGCAGUGCGUGUGUCCGCAGUGCGUUUGUCUGCAGUGCGUUUGUCCGCAGUGCGUGUGUCCGCAGUGCGUUUGUCCGCAGUGCGUGUGUCCGCAGUGCGUUUGUCUGCAGUGCGUGUGUCCGCAGUGCGUUUGUCCGCAGUGCGUUUGUCCGCAGUGCGUUUGUCCGCCGUGCGUUUGUCCGCAUUGCGUUUGUCCGCAGUGCGUUUGUCCGCAGUGCGUUUGUCCGCAUUGCGUUUGUCCGCAGUGCGUGUGUCCGCAGUGCGUGUGUCCGCAGUGCGUUUGUCCGCAUUGCGUUUGUCCGCAGUGCGUUUGUCCGCAGUGCGUUUGUCCGCAUUGCGUUUGUCCGCAGUGCGUGUGUCCGCAGUGCGUGUGUCCGCAGUGCGUUUGUCCGCAGUGCGUGUGUCCGCAGUGCGUUUGUCCGCAGUGCGUUUGUCCGCAGUGCGUUUGUCCGCAGUGCGUUUGUCCGCAGUGCGUUUGUCCGCAGUGCGUUUGUCCGCAGUGCGUUUGUCCGCCGUGCGUUUGUCUGCAGUGCGUUUGUCCGCAGUGCGUUUGUCCGCAGUGCGUUUGUCCGCAUUGCGUUUGUCCGCAGUGCGUUUGUCCGCAGUGCGUUUGUCCGCCGUGCGUUUGUCUGCAGUGCGUUUGUCUGCAGUGCGUUUGUCUGCAGUGCGUUUGUCUGCAGUGCGUUUGUCCGCAGUGCGUUUGUCCGCAGUGCGUUUGUCUGCAGUGCGUUUGUCCGCAGUGCGUUUGUCCGCAGUGCGUUUGUCCGUCGGACCCCUGCGCGCUCCAGGCUCCGAGAGCUCCAGAGUGACAGUUCUCCUGAGAGUGAAGAGGAGGAGGAGGAGGAGGAGAGACGCACAGAGACCAGCACAGACCUCCCAUCAGAGCAGCUCCGGCUGCAGAAGCUCAUCAAGUAUCUGCGGGAGGGCGAUCAGAAGGUGACCGUGCUGACCGUCUGCUCUCUGAUGGAGCUGGACCUGAAGCAGGAGGCCUUCCAGCUCGCCAUCAGAGACCUGGGAGGACUGGAGGUUCUGCUCAACAUCCUGGACACCAGAGAGAUCCGCUGCAUCAUCGGCUCUCUGAAGAUCCUGCGUCUGAUCAGCCACAGCCCUCAGAUCCAGCGCUCCAUGCUCAAGCUGCGUGGAGUCCAGAGCCUGGUCCCUCUGCUGGACAUCGCUCUCCCGGAGCUCCAGGCUCUGGCCGCAGAGACUCUGGCCAACGUGACCAAGCUCCGCAAAGCCAGAAGAACUCUGCGGCACUGCGACGGCAUCCCCAAACUGGUGCGCCUGUUGGACUGCUGCGUCCCAGACUCAAUGUCCUCCACAGAGCACCUGAAUGUGGAGGCUGCUCGCUGUGGGGCCCUGGCUCUGUGGAGCUGCAGCCGGAGCCACAGGAACAAAGAGGCCAUUCUCAGAGCCGGAGGAAUCCCUCUGUUAGGACGUCUACUGAGCUCCACUAACACCAACAUGCUGAUCCCAGUGAUCGGAACGCUGCAGGAGUGUGCCUCUGAGAUGAGAAUCCUUGAGCUCUCAGACGGCGCUCUGAGCCGCUGUGCAGACAGUCCCUAA